AUGGGAACCCUUUGCCAGCAGCCGUCACCUGCUAACGCCCUUCAGCGCAGCCCGGGGAAGGCAGGGGACGGCGCGGCGCUGCCGGGCUCCCUGCUCCUCCUCCUUCUCCUCGCCUCCUCAGUGUCUGCAUGUAAAGGUGCACCGAUGCCAUCUCAAGCACUCGACGCAGAUCAGGCUUUGCAGCUAUGGAAAGAGAUAGACGAUGCUUGUUCUGCCUACCUGUCCACAGAUUCUCAGGCUCAGGCAUCCAGUACAUUGGAAGAACUUUGUAUUUUGGUCACAGGAUUUCUCCAGAAACCACAGGGUUUAGAUGAAAAAGGCAACACCAAAAGGUUCUUAUUUCAUUACUCUAAGACUCAGGACUCAGGCAACUCAGACGUAAUGUCGUCUGUCCUGCAUCCUUUGCUGCAACUCGUUCCCCAGCUUAAUGAGAGACGACUGAAGAGACACAAAGUGGAC